GUGUUUAGGAUGCAUUUUCUGAUGGUGAAAUUAAGUAAAGGAAAUUUGUAACCAUGGCUUGUAGCAAGUCAGCAGUCGAUUCCAUGGAGGAAUACAUCUGUCCUGUUUGUCUGGAGCUAUUUAGUGACCCAGUAAUUCUGCACUGUGGACAUCACUUCUGUAGACCUUGUAUUGAUAAGGUCUGGGAUGGUAGAAAAAUCCCCUAUUGUCCCGAGUGCAGGCAGAAGUUUCCAGCUAGAAGGUAUACAGUGAAUAGACUGUUGGCUAAUCAGCUGGUAAGAACUCAAAGAUUGAAGCAGGAGCAGGCUGAGGAAAUGACAGACUCUGAGGUGAAUGAAAAUCUGCAGAGUAUGGAUGCAUCAAGCAGGAUGGUGGAGUACCAAUGCAGAGCACAUGGAAAGAAGAUGGAGUUGUUUUGUCGGGAGGAGGAGGUUCUUGUCUGUGUUAUGUGUGUACCUGAGCACUUUGGCCACCAUCUUCUCUUACUGCAAGAGGCAGUUAGACUGUAUCAGGGCAAGCUCGAAACUGUCUUGUCUCCCUUGAAUGCAAACUUGGAAUACCUUGCUGAGCUCCAAAGCAAGCAAGAAAAUGCUUUGUUGAAUAUACAAGAUACAUCCCAGCAGUUGGAACAGCAGAUUGAUUCAGAGUUUGCCAAACUGUUGCAGUUUCUUGAGGAGAAGAAAGUGAAGCGGAUCCAAAAUCUGAAGGAUGAAACAAAAAGAAUUCUGGAAAAGAUGGAGAAAAAUCUGCAGGAAAUAAAAGAGAAGUAUAGUAUAAUUCAUGGAGAAACAUGCACUAUCCUGUCAAAGAUGGAACAGAAGGAUUAUCUUGCUUUCCUAGCAGGAAUAAAGGAUCAUGCCCAAAGGUUCACAAAGUUUGAGGAGGAGGAUGUUGAAUUAACAUUGGUGACUGAAGACCUAAACCUGGGGAUGUACAGCUACUUUCUACAGUAUGAAGUUUGGAAAGAAAUGAAGUGUGUUCUUUCCCUUGUGCCAUCUCCUUUGAGACUGGAUCCAAAGACCGCACAUCCUAAACUCAUCCUGUCUGAAAAUCUGACUAGUGUAAGAAUCUGUGACAGAAGACACCAGCCGCUGAACAACAUUGAGAGGUUUGAUGCCAGCUUUUAUGUGCUGGGAUCAGAGGGCUUCUUAUCAGGAAGGCACUGCUGGGAGGUAGAAGUUGGGAAGAAACCCAAUUGGUACUUGGGUGUGGCUACAGAGUCUAUUGACAGAAAGGGAGCAAUCUUGAAUAAACCUGAGAUUGGCUACUGGAUGAUAAGGAAGAGAAAUGGCACUGAAUAUUUUGCUGAUGAUAUUGUUUGUAAAUCCCUCAAUGUACAAGGAAAUCCCUUGAAGAUCAGAAUAUACUUGGACUAUGAGAGAGGACAGAUAUCAUUUUAUAGUGCAGAGGAUGCAUCUCAUCUGUACACAUUCAAUGAUACCUUCACUGAGAGGCUGUUCCCAAUCCUCAAUCCAUGCAGCAAUAGAACUGGUAAAAAUGGCGAACCUUUAAAAUUGUUUCACCACAAGCUGUAAUCAAGACUGUAAAUUGGAGGUUUUUGAGCACAACUUUGCACUUGGUCCAACUGCAUAAAUUGCACUAUCUAUUUUUUAAAAGCUUUGAAUAAUUGCAUAAAUCUAACAGAUGUAAAUGGGAGGUUGAAAUGCACUGCUCUGCAAGAGGUUAGACGCAUGCUAAUGUUUGUAUUGGAAUUCUGUACCUUAGCUAUGUAUUUUUGAUAGUUAAACGUGGUUUAGUUUGAGGUGAAGGAAUAUUGUAAUUGACAAAUGUUGGCUUGUGAUAACCACAAAUGCACACUUAUCCGACUGAAUCCUAAAAUUUAAUGUUUAAUUGUGAAUUUUGUACAUCUUUAAAGUUGUAUGUUAAUACAGCAAAUGCUCAUAUGUAAUUUAUUUAUAUUAAUGCAAAAGAUAAUAAAGAUUGUCUAAUUUUGUUAUGGAA